AUGAUUGGAUUCAUCAACAGACGUUUCGAGGACUAUAUGGUGGAGCGGAAAAGAUACAAGAACCGACUAGUUACCAAAGACGGUCGCUGCAACAUUGAAUACGGAAACGUCAAGUACAGCAACCGAUUAUACUUCCUGGCCGACUUCUGGACCACCUUCGUGGAGAUCCGGUGGCGUUUUGUCCUUUUCCUCUUCAGCGCCUCCUUCACCCUCAGCUGGUUCAUCUUUGGCCUGCUGUGGUACUGGAUCGCGCGCACGAAUGGUGACCUGACAUGGCAAAACCCCCCAUCAGACCACAUUCCAUGUGUCGAUAACCUGGUCGGACUCACCACGUCUUUCCUUUACUCCCUGGAAACCCAGACAACUAUUGGGUACGGUGGCCGAGCGCUCACCCCUCUCUGCCCAGGUGCUGUGGCCCUCCUCAUCAUCCAGUCCCUGUGCGGAGCUAUUAUCAACUGCUUCAUGUGUGGAGUCAUACUGUCCAAAAUCUCUUUGCCCAAAAAGAGAGCAAAGACCAUCUCAUUCAGUGACAUGGCGGUCAUCGGCCCCAAAAAUGGUUCCCUUUCCCUCUCAAUCAGAGUGGCCAACCUGCGCAAGACGCUGAUGAUUGGAAGCCAGAUCUAUGGCAAGCUGCUGAGGACAAUCAACACACCCGACGGGGAGACGAUCAUUAUGGACCAGGUGAACAUUGACUUCAUGGUGGACGCCGGGAAGGACAACCUUUUCUUCGUGUGUCCUCUCACGCUCUUCCACAUCAUCGACAAGAGCAGCCCCUUCUUCGAGAUGGCCGUGGACACGCUCCACAUGCAAGAGUUUGAGCUGGUCGUCUUCCUAGACGGCACGGCAGAGUCCACCAGCUCUGCUUGCCAAGUGCGCACCUCCUUUAUUCCUCAGGAGAUCAUGUGGGGCUACAACUUCUUGCCCAUCAUCUCCAGGAGCAAGGAGGGCAAGUACAGAGUCGAUUUCUCCAACUUCUCCAAGGUGGUGCCGGUGGCCACUGCACACUGUGCCUACUGCUUCCACAACAUCAAGGGUCAUCACCAUCACUCCAUAGAUGAGCAUGACAGCCAGGGCUUUGAGGUGAUUGAAAUCAAUGACGCCCCCAUCGCCACCAAGAUGUGA